AUGGCAGGGGCGGCCUCCGCGCUGUUUCUCCUCGACAUCAAGGGCCGCGUCCUCGUCUGGCGCGAUUACCGCGGCGACGUCACCGCUGCUCAAGCCGAGCGUUUCUUCACCAAACUCAUCGAGAAAGAGGGAGAAUCAGAGUCUAAUGAUCCGGUUGUUUACGAUAACGGAGUGACCUACAUGUUUGUACAGCAUAGUAACGUUUACCUCAUGAUAGCUUCCAGGCAGAACUGUAACGCUGCCAGUCUUCUCUUCUUCCUGCAUCGCGUUAUCGAUGUCUUCAAGCACUAUUUUGAGGAGUUGGAGGAAGAGUCAUUGAGGGAUAACUUUGUGGUUGUGUAUGAGUUACUUGACGAGAUGAUGGACUUUGGUUACCCUCAGUAUACUGAAGCAAGAAUCCUUAGUGAGUUCAUCAAGACUGAUGCUUAUAGGAUGGAAGUCACACAGAGACCUCCCAUGGCUGUCACUAAUGCUGUUUCGUGGAGGAGUGAGGGGUUACAGUUCAAGAAAAACGAAGUUUUCUUGGACGUGGUAGAGAGUGUAAAUAUCCUUGUGAACAGUAAUGGGCAAAUUGUGAGGUCUGAUGUCGUUGGAGCAUUGAAGAUGCGAACAUAUCUGAGUGGAAUGCCAGAGUGUAAGCUAGGUCUGAACGAUAGAGUACUGUUGGAAGCACAGGGACGAGCAACAAAAGGAAAAGCUAUUGAUUUGGAGGACAUCAAAUUUCAUCAGUGUGUUCGAUUGGCCCGUUUUGAGAACGAUAGGACAAUAUCUUUCAUACCACCUGAUGGGGCUUUUGAUUUAAUGACAUAUAGACUCAGUACCCAGGUAAAGCCUCUUAUAUGGGUCGAAGCUCAGAUAGAGAGACAUUCCAGGAGUCGUGUUGAGAUGCUAGUAAAAGCGAGAAGCCAGUUCAAGGAAAGAAGCACUGCAACGAAUGUUGAGAUCGAGUUGCCUGUACCAACUGAUGCAUCCAACCCCACCGUUAGAACAUCUCUCGGGUCUGCAGCAUAUGCUCCCGAAAAAGAUGCAUUGGUUUGGAAAAUCAAGUCUUUCCCUGGGAACAAGGAGUAUAUGUUGAGAGCAGAGUUCCAUCUCCCAAGUAUAACCGCAGAGGAAGCCACGCCUGAGCGAAAAGCUCCUAUCCGUGUCAAAUUCGAGAUACCAUAUUUCACUGUUUCAGGAAUACAGGUUCGGUACUUGAAGGUCAUUGAGAAGAGCGGGUACCAAGCUCUUCCGUGGGUGAGGUAUAUAACCAUGGCUGGUGAGUACGAACUCAGGCUCAUGUAAUGUGUGACUGUGUUGUUUCUUUUAUAUAUUUUGGUAAGCCAUUUGUCAAAGAAACAAAGCAGAGGAAGAUCGAGGAAAAUGGAAAAAAAAUUUAGCUGAUAAUUUUUUUUUACGGUGAAGGUUGUUUAAGAAGCCCAUAUUUCUUGUGAAUUGUUUCUUAGCGUU